CAAACCCCCGGCCCGUCCCCCCCCCCCCCCGUCAACGCCGCCCGACGAGAGCGAUGGCGGCCUCGCCGGCCGCGGCCGCGGCGCUCCUCGCCCUCCUCGCCCUCGCAGCGGCCGGCGGCGUGGCGGCCGACGGCUCCGACCACCGCUACAAGGCCGGCGAGCCCGUCCCGCUCUACGCCAACAAGGUCGGCCCCUUCCACAACCCCAGUGAGACAUAUCGGUACUUUGACCUGCCUUUCUGCUCUCCUGAGAAAGUGAAAGAGAAGAGCGAGGCCCUUGGUGAGGUCCUCAAUGGGGAUCGCUUGGUCGAUGCACCUUACAAGCUUGAUUUCCGUGUGGACCUCGAAUCCAAGUCGGUUUGCUCAAAGAAGCUCACCACGGAGGAUGUGGCCAAGUUCCGGAAUGCAGUAGCUAAGGACUACUACUUCCAGAUGUACUAUGAUGAUCUCCCACUAUGGGGUUUCAUUGGUAAAGUUGAGAAGGGAGGCAAGGCCGACCCGAAGUAUUACCUGUACAGGCACAUCAUCUUCGAUAUCCUCUACAACAACGACCGGGUCAUCGAGAUCAACGUGCACACUGAUCAGAGUGCAUUGGUUGACCUGACGGAGGAUAAUGAGACCAAUGUGGUAUUCCUUUACUCGGUCAAGUGGAAGGAGACACCUACACCAUUUGAGAAGAGGAUGGAGAAGUAUUCCAGCUCCUCCAACUUGCCACACCACCUGGAGGUUCAUUGGUUCUCGAUUAUAAACUCGUGUGUUACAGUCCUCCUCCUCACAGGGUUCCUUGCAACGAUCCUCAUGCGAGUACUGAAGAAUGAUUUUGUCAAGUAUGCCCAUGAUGAGGAAGCAGCUGAUGACCAAGAAGAGUCUGGAUGGAAGUAUAUCCAUGGUGAUGUCUUCAGGUUCCCCAAGAAUAAGUCGCUAUUUUCCGCUGCUCUUGGCACAGGAACUCAACUAUUUGCCCUCACAACCUUUAUAUUCCUGCUUGCUCUUGUUGGAGUAUUCUACCCUUACAACCGCGGCGCAUUGUUUACUGCAUUGGUUGUCAUCUAUGCUCUGACUUCAGGAAUUGCUGGAUACAUUGCUACCUCUUUCUACUGUCAGCUGGAGGGGACAAAUUGGGUGAGGAACUUGCUAUUGACAGGAUGCCUCUUUUGUGGACCUCUCUUCCUGACAUUCUGCUUCUUGAACACAGUUGCUAUUGCUUAUAGUGCAACAGCAGCAUUGCCGUUUGGCACUAUCUGUGUCAUUGUGCUCAUCUGGACCUUGGUGACAUUUCCUUUGCUCGUUUUGGGAGGUAUUGCUGGUAAAAACAGCAAAAGUGAAUUCCAAGCUCCUUGCCGUACCACAAAAUACCCCAGGGAGAUUCCUCCACUUCCCUGGUACCGGAAAACAAUUCCGCAGAUGGCUAUGGCUGGAUUUUUGCCUUUCAGUGCCAUAUACAUUGAGCUGUACUACAUCUUUGCUAGUGUUUGGGGCCACAGGAUUUACACAAUCUACAGCAUUCUCUUUAUCGUCUUUAUCAUCCUCCUUAUUGUCACUGCUUUCAUCACUGUUGCACUGACAUACUUCCAGCUUGCUGCUGAAGAUCAUGAGUGGUGGUGGAGGUCGUUCCUAUGCGGAGGAUCAACUGGUUUCUUUGUCUAUGGCUACUGCCUGUACUACUACUAUGCACGAUCGGAUAUGUCUGGUUUCAUGCAGACAUCUUUCUUCUUUGGCUACAUGGCCUGCAUCUGCUAUGCAUUCUUCUUGAUGCUUGGGAUGGUGGGCUUCCGCGGCGCCUUGUUCUUUGUCCGCCACAUAUACAAAUCCAUCAAGUGCGAAUGAGCUGUUUAUCGGAAGAUGAAGAGCAGCAGAGUUGUACCUGUUUUUGGUGCCACUGAGAAGUUCAAAUAUAGAAAAGGUUAGCUCUCGCGUGCAACAGGAGCAGCUAGAGAUUGCCGUGUUUCAGAUUAGGCCAUUAUUUAUAGGAACAGGUAAUGAACCUAUAAAUUUGUUCUGUUUAUGCGACUGCUGUGAUAAAAAUCGUCUUUUCCUUCGUCCUAUGUAUUAUCCCCUAGUGACGUCAGACAGCAACUUUGUUGGAACCAUGACAUGCCUGAAUAUCUGUGGGAAGACCCAUGUUGUGUUCUGUCAUAUUCUCUAAAGCAUAAUAACAGAUGUGUAGAGACGAUGCCUCUAGAGGGGGCAAGUCCAUUUAUACGUGUA